AUGCUGCUUCGAACGGCAGGUCGCCGACUCAAGGCCACUCAAACCUUCCCAUGGUCUAUUGUUCGCUCCUUCUCGAUACCUACACGCAACCCCUUGUUUACAUCUUGGAAUGAUGAGGACAAGACGUAUUUUCAACAGCUGCUUAAGCCCGAGAGCGUCCUCACAGAUACUGAUGAUACGGAAGCGUAUACUGUCGACUGGUUAAAGAAGUACAAGGCUAAUAGCAAUCAUCAGAUGGUGCUUAAACCAAAGACUACGGAACAAGUUGCUGCUAUUCUCAAGUACUGUAGCGAACGUAAUUUGCCGGUGGUACCACAGGGAGGCAACACGGGGCUUGUGGGUGGUAGCGUGCCAGUGUUUGACGAGAUUGUGCUAUCUACAAACUCAAUGAACAAUGUGAUCUCAUUUGAUGAGGUUUCUGGUAUUUUAGUGUGUGAAGCUGGUUGUAUCUUGGAGAACUUGGACAAUUAUGUGGCCAAACAUGGCUACAUGAUGCCGUUGGAUCUUGGUGCGAAAGGAACGUGUCAAAUUGGUGGCAAUGUCGCGACAAAUGCCGGUGGUCUGAGGCUUUUACGUUACGGCUCAUUGCAUGGUACAGUGCUGGGGAUUGAAGCGGUAUUGGCUGAUGGUACAGUUAUUGACUGUCUUAGUACCAUGCGCAAAGACAACACUGGCUAUGAUCUGAAGCAAUUGUUCAUUGGAUCAGAAGGUACAUUGGGUGUCGUGACAAAAGUAUCAAUUCUUACACCACCCCGUUCUUUAUCAAAGAACGUAGCAUUGCUGGCUUGUGAGGACUUUGUAUCAGUCCAGAAGGCUUUUGUGGAAGCCAAAAAACAUUUAGGAGAAGUCCUAUCGGCCGUGGAAUUCAUGGACCGUCAGUCGCUGGACAUGGUGCUGGGACAGCAAGACUGGACAAAGGAUCCGCUCGAGACACCGAGUCCGUACUACGUCUUGAUUGAGACGUCGGGCAGCAAUUCUGAUCAUGAUAUGGAGAAGCUCAACGAGUAUUUGGAGGAUGUCAUGGGAUCCGGCGUCGUAGUCGAUGGAACGGUGGCUCAGGAUGAGGCUCAAGCUCGCAAACUUUUUUUGAUCAGAGAAGAUAUUACUGUUGCUCUGUCUGCGCGUGGGUAUGUGCACAAGUACGACAUAUCAUUGCCGAUUGAGCAAUACUACAAAAUCGCGGAAGAAACCCGAGAAAGGCUUGUAUCGACGGAUGCUAAGGUCGUGUGUUAUGGCCACAUUGGCGACUGCAACGUUCAUCUGAACGUUUCUACGCUAGAGUACGACGACGAGGUGUUUCACGCGCUGGAGCCGUUUAUCUUUGAGUGGACGUCCAAGUAUCGCGGAAGCAUUAGCGCUGAACAUGGCAUUGGUAGGCACAAGCCUGAGUACCUUCACAUGUCCAAGUCUGGCAAUGCUAUCAAGCUCAUGCAGCAAAUGAAGAAAAUGAUGGACCCUAAGGGAAUUUUGAACCCGUACAAGGUUCUUCCAGAGACCAAGUAA